GCACCGCUCUGGUGACUGUCACUUUGACUGCUCUGGCGUACUGCCGCAAUAUUAGGGACGGGGAAUCGGGCUGGAGGUGACCAGAUCGAGAAGGCGCUCGCGGAGGGGUUGUGUCCACUGCACAACGGCUAGUCUGAGGGUCGUCGGCAGUGGGUGAUGGCUGAGCACUGUCCUGUCUCUUAGGGGGCCCUCCCUCCCCUCCCGGCUCCACUCACGGAGUCGGAUGGCGGCGACCGCGCUGAGGGGCCCAGUUCAGAUUCCCAAGACUACAGAAGCACUUAUGGACUGUACCCAGGACUGUGUGACCUUUGAUGAUGUGGCUGUGUUCUUCUCGCAAGAGGAGUGGUGGCUCCUUGAUGAGGCUCAGAAGCACCUGUACCUCAAUGUGAUGCUGGAAAACUUGGCACUUAUAUCCUCGCUGGUUUGUUGGCAUGCAGUGGAGAAUGAAGAGACACUGCCUGAGCAGAGUGUUUCUGUACAAGCUUUGUCACAGGUCAGGACUCCAAAGGCAGGUCCAUCCACCCAGAAGAUUCACCCCUGUGAGAAGUGUGUCCCCAUCCUGAAAGACAUUUUGCACCUGGCUGAUCUACCUGGGCAGAUACCAUACUUGCUUGGUGCACGUGCAAACAUACACCAGCUUCAUUUCAGUACAGAGAAGAGGGACGUGGACAGUGCAUCGUUUAUAAAGAGCUGCAUAUUUCAUGUGUCCGGGAAUCCAUUCACCUGUAGGAAAGUUGGAAAGGAGUUCCCUGCCACAUUGGGCCUUCUCCAGUACCAGGUCAUUCCCAACAGUGAGAAGCCAAACAAAAUCUCCAAGUGUGGGGAGCCUUUUCAUGUUGGAAAAUGUCCUUUAAAGUUGCAUGAAUGUGGGAAAGCCUCCAGCCACAAACACAGUCUUGUUUACCACCCAAGAGUCUCCACUAGAAAAAGGGUCUAUGAGUCUGGCAAAUAUGGGAAAGCCUUCUGCUGUAAAUAUUCAGUUGUUCAGCUCCAGAGAGUCCACACUGGAGAAAGGCCUUAUGAGUGCAGUGAAUGUCAAAAAUCUUUUAGGCAAAGAGCCACCCUCAUUAUACACCAGAGAAUUCACACUGGAGAAAGGCCUUAUAAGUGUGGCGAAUGUGGGAAAUCCUUUAGUCAAUGCUCCAACCUUAUUGAACACUGCAGAAUUCAUAGUGGAGAAAGACCUUAUGAGUGUGAGGUGUGUGGGAAAGCUUUUGGGUGCAAAUCCAAUCUUGUUCGGCACCAGAGAACUCACACUGGAGAAAAGCCUUAUGAGUGCAACAAAUGUGGGAAAUUCUUUAGACAAAGCUUCACCCUCGUUCAACAUCAGAGAAUUCACACCACAGCAAGGCCUUAUGGGUGUGUCCAGUGUGGGAAAGCCUUUAACCAAAGAGCCACUCUCAUUAGACACCAGAGAGUUCACACUAAUGAAAGGCUUUAUGAAUGCAGGGAAUGUGGGAAAGCCUUUGGAUCCAAAUCUAAACUUGAUCGUCAUAACAGAAGUCACACUGGAGAAAGGCCUUACAAGUGCACUGAAUGUGGGAAAUCUUUCAGACAAAGCUACAGCCUCGUUGAGCACCAGCGAAUUCACAGUAGAGCAAGGCCUUAUGAGUGUGACCAGUGUGGGAAGUCCUUUAGCAGAAGAGCCGUCUUUACUAAGCAUCAGAGAAUUCACACUGGAGAAAGGCCAUAUAAGUGUGGUGAAUGUGGGAAAUCCUUCAGUCGAAGCACUAGCCUUAUUCAGCACUACAGUAUUCACACUGGAGCAAGGCCUUAUGCGUGUGGCCAGUGUGGAAAAUCCUUUAGGCAAAAGUCUGUCCUCAUUCAACACCAGGUAGUUCACACGGGAGAAAGGCCAUAUGAAUGCAGCAAAUGUAACAAAUCCUUUAGCCAACGCUCAAGCCUCAAUCUCCACCGAAAAUUUCACACCACAGAGAGGCCCCGUGAAUGCAAGAAAUAUGGGAAACCCUUCACUCCAACAUCUAAUGUUGUUUAACACCAGAGAGUCCACAAUUGAGAAAGACCUUAGACCUGAAGGAAAGGUACUGUCUCUUUGUUCCUUAUAAUGACACUAGACAGCUUUUGUGUGGGAGCUAUCUACCUGAAGUUUAACCUCAUACUUCCAAAUAUCCAGAGGGGGGAAAUUUCCUAUGAGUUCCAUGUAUGUGUGAGACUUACAGGAGCUGCAUUGCAUAUUCUAAACUCACCAGGGCCCUUGCCAGAGUUACAUCAUGCCAGUUUCUCUGGUAGAAGCCAUCCACCUCUACUACCUUGCACAGCAUUUCAUCAGUUACCCUGAUGUACCUAAGGCAAGGCAUAUGAGGUGUGAUAAAAAAUAUGGUGAAUGUUUAAAUAAAAAAAAAAAUUAUUACAGUAAAAGACACAUUGCCAUUAAUCACCCUCAAAAUACCCCCCAUCCCCCCCCCCCCCCCGCUUCGAACAC